AUGGUCAAAGAUAUGGGCAACAGCUUGUUUCUGACGCCAGAGUGUACUCCGAAUCGGCCAGAGAUCGUGGAUGCUUCGACACCUUGGUCCGAUAUUCUGCUCGAAGAACUACGAACAGCAACUCAAUCUGAUUCAAGAACCCCGAAGAGAUAUGGUGUCGCAAAAUUUGGUAGUUGCAGAACACAUCUCCGAAACCAAAGUAGGAUUUUAUGGCUGACAUUCCUGGUGAUUGUCGGCCUUUUCUGCGCAGUGAAGGGAGGGAAGCAGGCAGUUUCGGAUGAGAGCAAGCUAGUAGCUCAGCCAGAGCUCGAUGGACUGCAGUUCGUCGGUGCCAACCAUCCUUCUAUUCGUUACGUUGGCCGCUGGGUAUCAACUGCAGAUGGAACUCAUAAGGAUGGCUCAUUUCCUGGUAACAACCCUCUGAUUCUCAGUCCGAACUUUGCUAACUCAUUGUUCCACCCAGGAGUGUACUUCGACUUUGCCUUCAAAGGAAGCAAGACUGUGCUUCUCUCCCUACAUAAUAAAGAUCAAUUGAACCAAUUGCCAAAGGAAAAAUCCAUCGGCUUCCCGCAAAGUCUCGCGUUCCUCCCUCUGACAAAUGUAUCAAGUGCAGCACCAAUAUCUCUCUUGGCCAGGGUCGAUGAUGAAGAAUACAUUGUGAUUCCAAAUGCAACCACAACCACAUCGAUUCGUCGAGGAAAUCUGGAACCAAACUCACGCCAUGAUAUUCGAAUAAUUGCUCCCAUGGUCGGCAGCGACAGCUUGGAGACGUUGCAAGUCGAGGGAAUCUGGAUUGAUGAAGGCGCCCAGCUCCUACCCUGUGAGACUUCGACAGACUUUGGAGACAAUUUUCCACCGGCUCAAUGUCCCUCACCUGUUCAGAAUAAGAUGCUAGAAAUUAUUACGGAUAUGCCGGGAUUAAAGGCAGGAAAGGAUAAAAACAAGAAGAGUGGCAUCACCCAUGAAAUCCUGGGUGGGGUAAUGGGCUGGGAAUAUUUACUAGGAGAGAUGUUCGGAAGCGACCACGUUACAAUAGGAAUGGAUGGCAUGUGCUUGAUUCAAGACUGUUUUGGAGGCAGAGGGAGUCCGGUUAUGAAUAUCGGAAAUUCUGACUGGGAGUCUUUCCAGGCCCACAACAAAGAGUACAACAAGACAAUAUGGGAAUUAAGUGCGAUCCGAACAUUGGCAUACCCGAAGUUCUCGACACCAACAGUCGACUCGAGCCGAUAUGUGUACUCGCCGCAGACAGGCGCCGGGAUUCCCAUCUUUAUUGUACGGCCUUUCCGUGGUCAGCUCGAGCAGGCAACUCAUACGGUUGUAGACCGUCUUCGAAGGGACGGGGAUAAAAAUCUGUUCUGGCUUGAUACAUCUGGCUGGUUGAAUACCGAGAUUCAUUUCGACGGCCGGCCAGAAGAUCAGGACUUCUUUCUUGACGGUUGUUUAUAA